AUGGCAGCGCGCUCUGGGGCAUGUUGUGCGGGUCAAGAUAUUUAUGAUGCAAAGCAGGUUGCAGAAAAAAUGAACUUUCCUCAUUAUGUUUUGGACUAUGAAAGCCGAUUUCGGGAAUCGGUGAUUGAUGAUUUUGCGGACAGCUAUGUUCAAGGUCAUACCCCUGUACCGUGUAUUCGGUGCAAUCAAACGGUUAAAUUUCAAGAUCUUUUAAAGACAGCCCGUGAAUUAGGCGGCGUUGCAAUGGCAACAGGUCAUUAUGUGCGUCGUAUUCCGGGGGCUAAAAAAGCGGAACUUCAUCGUGCCGUAGAUGCGACGAAGGACCAAAGCUAUUUUUUAUUUGCAACAACACAGGAACAGCUAGAUUUUCUCCGUUUUCCUUUAGGGGGAUGGGAUAAAUCAGAAACUCGUCGCCAAGCAGAACGAUUUGGGCUGAAUGUUGCUGAAAAACCUGAUAGCCAAGAUAUUUGCUUUGUUCCUGAUGGGGAUUACACCAGAAUUGUUUCGAAAUUGCGUCCUGGUGCUUUAGAAUCCGGUCCCAUUGAGCAUGUGGAUGGCUGUAUUUUGGGCGAACAUGAAGGCAUUAUUGGACAGCGGCGGGGGUUGAGGGUCUCUACAGAGGAGCCACUUUAUGUUGUCGGGCUUGAUCCUAAAGGCCACAAAGUGAUCGUAGGACCAAAAGAAAUGUUAGCGUGCCAGACACUUUUUAUUAAAGAUUUAAACUGGUUAGGCGACCUAGAGCUUAAGCCUGGGGCAAGGCAAGAUAUGUCAAUACAGAUUCGAUCGACACGUGCUCCUGUUUCGGGUUAUGUAUGCUUCGAAGAAGAUGGUCAGAUUCGUGUUCAUUUUAAGGAAAGUGAGUAUGGUGUUGCGCCAGGGCAGGCCGUUUCAAUGAAUUCUUGGGCUGGAGUGGUCGAAGAGUUGACACUGUUUCUUCCAUCACAAAAGUCGCAUGUUUUAAAGGUGGAGCGUGUGACAAGUGAAAAAGAACUCGUGCUUGGUUUGAUGAAUCGCUCUGAAUGGGGGAAAAUUUCAGGGAUGCUCUUUGAUUUUGGGCGGAAGGUGAGACUUGGAUUCUCUGAUCCGGGUCAUCACCUAACAGCAACAGCUUUAUGUGCUGGUGCGGUGGCGUUUUUUGCAGCGACUCAAGACAUUGUAUAUGAAGCCUAUCGUGUGGAGCUUUUGAAAGGUCCUUUAGCAGG